AUGAGCGACCCCACAGCGUCUCCCAUCCUCAAGUCGUCCUUGGUUGCAAAAGCCACCCUGGAUCCGUUCUUGUACUGCGUGUAUCACAAGGAUGCGUACCCCGCAGCCAAAGACGACUCCAUGGAGGCGCCUCGACAGGGAGAUGGUCAAGACUUUAACCCCGUGGCCCCCUACAGAAUGUAUCAUGGCGAUCGGAUUGCAGGAUUUCCAAAACAUCCCCAUCGAGGUUUCGAAACUAUUACUGCCACUGUGGAAGGAAUCAUUGACCAUUCCGAUUCGUUUGGCAAUGCUGGUCGUUAUGGCAAUGGUGACUUGCAGUGGAUGACGGCGGGGAAGGGUGUUGUCCAUGCCGAAAUGUUUCCAUUGGUCAACAAGGAAACACACAAUCACGUUCGAUUCUUCCAGAUAUGGAUCAAUUUACCAGCUUGUAGCAAAAUGGUGGAGCCAUCCUUUGCCAUGUUUUGGGCCCCACAAGUUCCCAAAUGGAGUCCUGAGGAUGGACUGGCUCGCGCCACCAUUUUCUAUGGGGACUACUUGUUAGGAGGAGAUGCUGCUACUGGAGAGCGACAAAGAAACCCCAACACAUCACCCAAGGACUCCUGGGCAUUUGAUCCGGAACAUGAUGUUGCCGUGAUCCACAUUGUGUUGGAGUCUGGUGGUAGUAUUCCCAUUCCGGCUGCGCAUGGUGGUAGCGCCAUUAAUCGCGUCUUUUACAUUGUGGAUGGUUCCAGCAGUGGACUGACCCUGAAUGGGUUCCGAGUCAAGGGGAAAAUGAUCACUGUCGAUGCGUCCGUGGAUUUGACAAUUAGCAUGUCUGAUUCUUCCUCCUCUGUGGAUAUGUUGAUGCUUCAAGGCAAGCCAAUCGGAGAACCAGUGUCGCAGUCGGGUCCCUUUGUCAUGAAUACUCCAGAGGAGGUGAAACAGGCAGAGGCUGACUACAAGGCAACCCAGUUUGGUGAAUGGCCUUGGCCACGACGCGAUAUGGUCUUUGCACAAGACAAGGGUCGGUUCUCACUCUUGGAUGGUAACGAGACGGUUCCUCCCACCUAA